UAAAGCCUUGCAAGAAACAGCUCAAACACGAUGUACUCAUUGAAGAUCAGCGAGGAAUAUUUCUAAAUAUGCUUUGAUUACAAAAAAUUCUAAGUUGAUCUGAAAAAUGAUAACUUGUGUUGGCUGGAUCAGGAGAGGAGUUGCGAAAGCAGUCCCUGAUAAGGUUGCCUUGUCUAAAGAAGAAAUUCAGGAGAUCAUAGAUGAAGCUAAAGAAAAGUUGAGAGAAAAAGAAGAAGAAGAGAAUGGAACAGAAGGUAGUGAUGGGAAACAGGAUGAGGAGGUCAGCAAGGCAAAGCACAAAACAAAGAAAAGCAGAGAUGAUGAUAAGGAUGAUGAGAAUGAUGAGGAUGAAGAAAUUUCAGACUUGUAUGAUCUAGCACAUUAUGACAGUGAUGAAGAUGUGGAAGGGGAGUUAAUGUCUGGGGCAGGAAUGGCUGGUGUAACAUACUUUGCUUCAAACAAGGAUGAUCCCUAUAUUACUCUGGCAGAUCCAGAUCGGGAUGAAGAUGAAGAGGAAGAUUUUAAUAUUAAACCAGAUGACAAUUUAUUAGUUGCUGGGCAUGUGGAUGAAGACUUAAGUUCUCUAGAGAUUUCAGUUUUUAAUGAGGAGGAGGGAAGUCAGUAUGUUCAUCAUGAUAUUAUACUUGAGGCAUUUCCUCUCACUAUUGAAUGGUUGGACUAUGAUCCUGAAGAUACCAACAAGCCAGCAAACUUUGUUGCUGUUGGAACAAUGGAACCUUAUAUAGAUAUCUGGGAUAUUGACCUGGUUGAUACCAUGGAACCUGUGGUUUCACUGGGAAGGAGAAAACGGAAAAAGUCAAAGAAGAAAUCAAGAAAUUCGGAGGAAGGACACUCUGAUGCAGUUCUUGACUUAUCUUGGAAUCAUCUUGUAAGGAAUGUUUUGGCCAGUGCCUCGGCUGAUCACUCUGCUAUUUUGUGGGACCUCUCCCAGCCAAAACCUGUCCACGCAUUGAGACAUCACAAAGACAAGGUGCAGUCAUUACAGUGGCAUCCAUAUGAGUCACAAUCAUUACUUACAGGUUCCUUUGAUAAAAAGGCCAAAGUGGUUGACUGCAGAAGUCCUGAGAGUAACAUUAAAUCUUGGAAAUUUGGUGCGGAGGUGGAAAGAGUUCUGUGGAAUCAUUUCUCACCGUACAAUUUUUUAAUCAGCACGGAAGAUGGUCACGUGUUUUGCUGUGACGUCAGGGCGGACGGCCCAGUGUUUACUCUCAAAGCGCAUGAUAAUGCGAUACCAGGUCUCGCACUAAGCAGCCAGGUACCCGGAUGUCUUGUCACUGCGUCAGCUGAUGAGACUGUCAAAGUCUGGGACAUACAGGAUAACAAACCAUCAUUUGUGGCUUCCAGAAAUCUUCAAAUUGGAGGAAUUCUUCAUACCCAAUGUUGUCCUGACUCCCCAUUUGUCUUCAGUUUUGGUGGCGAGAAACAAGGUUUAAGAGUUGUUGAUUUUACUGAGAGCAACUUAGUUCGUCGGCAGUUUGCAUCAAGACAGAGACUGGUACCCACAACUAACAAAGCACCAGGGGCAGAAACUGUAGAGCCUGCGCCCGAGGUUCCUGAGCCUGUGGAAUCAGUGGAGGAAGUAAGCCCUGAGCCCAUGGAAGACGAGACAGCGGCUGAAGCCAUGGCAGCUUUGAGCCUUGGUGCCUCGAUGAGCAGCGGGCAUUCAAAGAAGAAGAAGAAGAGAAAACGACGAAAAUAACGUAGUUAUUAAGGCAAUAGCCAGAGACUUUUUCGAGAUGUGGACGAAAAUAACCUGGUUUAUUUUAGGCAAUAGCCAGAUACUUUUUCGAGAUGUUGACGGAAAUUAAUUUAUUUCGUACACAUCCAAACAGUCAGGGUGGAUAACGCAAGUUAGCGGUAAACGUCUGUCGUCGACGCUUGCAAAGUCAAAGGCAUCGGUUGAGUGGCGGAAUGAUUUACUUUUAUGGAGUAUUUUUAUUUGCAGUUGGCAUCGUCCACAGCUUCAUGAUGGCCAUUU